AUGGAUGUAACAAAUACAAAUGAUAGCUCUAGAGUGAAUGGGUCUUUUCAACCUACUAACACUGAAAUCUUGCAAGGCACCCUCAAUUAUCAGGAGCAAGUAAGACGACAAACAAUACUCAAUUCUAUGGAAAAUAAGGAUUAUUUACUAGUAAUCGCUAGUCAACAGAACAAAUCUGUUGAACAAGUCAAAUAUGAGCUAAUGUUAAAACUUAUAGAUGGUUGA